AUGUACCUGUGGCUGAGGAAGAAACUAUUGAAAUCCCUGGGUAGUGCCGACGAGAUCGAGAUCGCGGAGUUGAAGGAGAAGGAGAAAGGGCUGAUUUGCUUCGAAGGAUGGGAGGAUCUGCGGCUGGAUUGCCUUCUGAAAGCGUCGGCAGAGGUGCUCGGAAAGGGAUUUUCUGGAAGCGCUUACAAAGCCGCCCUCGAGGACGGCAUUAUCGUCGCCGUCAAGCGGCUGAGCGCGGUGCAUUUUUCGGCUGCGCAGGGAGGUAAGGUAUUCGAUCGCCAGAUCCGUAUCAUCGGGAGGGUGCGGCAUCCCAAUGUGGUGAGCCUGGAGGCAUUUUGCGAUGCUCACGAGGAGAAGCUGCUCGUCUACAACUACAUGCACAAACCCCGUUGCAGAGAGACAAACGCUAGAUUGAGCCACCCGGAAGAGGAUUCUGGUGACCGCCGGCGACGGACUUGUGUUCAUCCACAAGUUUCCGACGAGGUACCCGCUAGUGCGCGCCAACCUGAAGCCGUCAAACAUUCUGAUCGACGAGCAGGGCAACGGGGGUGCGUGUCCGAGUGGGGGAUCAUGCGCUUCGCCGCCAACAUCCGCUGCUCGCCGGGUGACCCUUCAGGCUGCUCCUCUGACAGAGGGACCUUCACGGCGGUCGCCCCAGCGAGUCAGAGGUACCUGGCGCCGGAGCUGGCGAGCGGGAAGGAGCAGGCUACGCAGGAGUCCGACGUCUACAGCUUCUGUAUGAUGAUACAGAAAGUGGCAACGGAUAAGGAAAUGGAGGACGGAGAACUUCAGGAAGAGGAGAUCAGCGAGAUGGUGAAAAUUGCGCUGUUGUGCACGGCGGGGAGGCCAGAGAAAAGGCCCGAGAUGAGUCAAGUUGUGAGAAUGAUGGGCGAGUUCUUGUGA